AUGGCGAGCAGAGAGAUGACCGGCCAUCAGCAGCAGUUCGUUGAGGAGAUCGAUUACAAUGAGAUCGAAACGGAGCAGGUAGUUGGCAAGGGUUCUUUCGGAGUUGUGUGGAAAGGGAAAUGGAGGGGCCAGGACGUUGCCGUGAAGCACAUAAACUCGGAAGGGGAGAGGAAAGCCUUCACCGUGGAGGUCAGGCAGCUGUCCAGAGUCGCCCACCCGAAUAUCGUUAAAUUGUAUGGUGCGUGCACCAAGAAUCCUGUAUGCCUGGUGAUGGAGUAUGCCGAAGGUGGAUCGUUAUACAACGUACUGCACUGUAAUCCCCAACCGCACUAUACCAUCAGCCAUGCCAUGAGUUGGGCCCUACAGUGCGCGCGUGGCGUUGCGUACCUUCACAACAUGAAACCAAAGCCACUGAUACACAGAGACCUAAAGCCGCCCAAUUUGUUGUUAGUUAUGGGCGGGCAAAUGCUUAAGAUUUGUGACUUUGGCACCGCCUGUGACUUAAACACGUACAUGACUAAUAAUAAGGGCUCGGCGGCGUGGAUGGCGCCGGAAGUGUUUGAAGGAUCUAGGUAUACAGAGAAGUGCGAUGUAUUUAGUUGGGGUAUCAUUUUGUGGGAGGUUUUAACACGCAAAAAACCCUUUGAUGAUAUUGGUGCUUCAGCCUAUAGGAUAAUGUGGGCUGUUCAUAUAGGACAGAGGCCUCCUUUAAUAGAAGGAUGCCCGAAACCCAUAGAGGAUCUUAUAACCAGAUGUUGGCAGAAAGCACCUGAAGAGAGACCUUCCAUGGACGAGGUAGUAAGGAUAAUGACCGAACUGUCGGAAUUUUUCAGUCCUCACUUGGAGCCCGUCGAAUAUUCCUUAAGUACCGAAGCUGACGAUGUACAGGAGAACGAGUUGUCGAGGGAAGAUACGUUGGACAUGGCCAGCACGCUGGACUCGCGGAUAAACGGCUCUGUCGCGAACGGCACGGUUCGCACGAUCCCGAAGCCCGUGGAGAGAAAGAAGGAGUGCACCAACGGGGAAGACUCGUCGCCGUUCGCUCUGAACUACGCGACGCCGUUCAACGACGCGGCCUCGACGCACUUCCCAGUGCGGCAAAACAACUCGACAUCACAACAGCCGUCGAACAAUCACUCGCUCGCGAGCACGGACAACGGUAACGCGGUAGCGGAACGCGGCAGAUCGCAGCACAUCUCGCAAAACUCCGCGACGACGCACGACGACGCACGGUUCGCCGCGCUGCAACGCAAGAGCCGAGACUUCGCCCCACUGCACGUGGAGUGCGACCCGCACGCUUGGGACUUGCCGAGUUCCUCCGACUCAUCCUGGGAGAUCCCAAACAACAUGGCAGGGUUGGAUAAAGUGGUUCAGAAGACCAAGAAUGUCCAAAGUAGCAGCACCACGAGCGAGGACUUGGGCAACGUUUGCCGCCUCUUGGAUGCCGACCUCAGGCCGCUCACGCCCGACUAUACGUGCGAGCGUUCGCGGGAGAUUUUCGAGGAGCACAAGCAGAUAGCGCAGGAGUAUCUCAAGAUCCAAACGGAGAUCGCGUUGCUGAGCCAGCACAAGAACGAGAUGCUGAAGAAGCUAAGCAUCGACGGUCUCAGGCAGCAGCAGGAGUUGCGGAAACUGGAAGAUGAGAAGGAGUCCCUUGUGAAGCUGUGCCGCAACCUGAAACGGCAAUUGCAAAUCAUGAAGGACCAGAGGAUCAACGGGGUGUUGACGAACGCAGCCGCCGCCGCGCCGCCGGUAGGACCCGCUGUUUCCGGGAACAACGGUUGGGUGGUGGUGCCGCGCCAAGACCCGUCGAGGCUCUCUUGAGACGCUGCGAUGGCUCGAUGUACUCGAGAGUCUCGACGAGGGAUCUACCCGCGCCACGUCGCACGAUCGAGGCGACCAGCAGGACGGCGACGCGCGUCAACGUGAUGACCUGAGCGCGCGCGAGACUGUCCGAUCCGAUUUCCCGUCAGGGCGCCGACGUCCGCACAAAAUGUGCGGAAAGACGAAUACACGCGUGACGACACGCACGGACACACACGAUACAGCCUUCCAUUUAGGUUUUAUUCACUGGUUUUCGCGUCAGUCAUCGUCAUCAUUUAUUAUCACGUUCUUUCGCAUUCUCUCUGCUUACGGAGUGCCGCGUCGAUGAAUGCGGCGAUUGUGUAAAGCUUACCGAAUGCGUGAUAGUAUUAUUGAGAUCGCAGUGGGAGAUUUUCCUCCUUUGACUGCAAAAUAUCAUGAAUUUUUUGCUUUCGAUGACGAUCAUGCACUCUAGUCGUUUCGACGAUGACUCGCAAUCCGUCGAAUUUUUUUGUGUUUGAAUUUCGACGUUUCGAGGAGUAUGCCUUGUGAUACGCGGCCUUUGUUGUAUUAAGCUAUUGUAUUGUCCAGUCGAUGGAAGAAAGAGAGCAAGUUUCAUGGACUUUUUAAUUCAAUGUAGAUCGAGAUAUAUCGCGGAGGAGGAGACAUUGCAAACACGAAGCAAUGAUCAAUCAUGAUCAACCUUUUUAGCGUUUUAGAUCGUAUCUGAAUUUUGUUCCUAUAUGAGGCGGCGUAUGUAUAUGUAACAUAUUCUGUCUAUCCGAUUGAUCGAGUCGAUCGUGCACGGGAUAGUAAUCUAUACUAUUACUACUCUGUCGUUACAGCCGAUAAUGAUUUCGUUAAGGAAACGACGAUGAAACAGUUAAAAUCCUUUUUGCCUAACUCAUCGCUUUGUUGAUGCGCGAUGCCUAUAUAUUGUAAAUAUAUUUCGUUUUAUUAAGCGCGAGCUUAAUGAUCCUUUUAAUGAAGCGACAAUAGGUCUAAAGAUUGUUAAGAUAAAAAUGCACCUACCCCGUUUACAUGAACGCAUUAAAUAGGGCACGCCAAUAUCUAUGAUUUGGAUACGCGUGUAAGCGCGAAGCGUUCGCUCAAAAUGCCAGACGAAUACCGUAGCAGAAUAAAUCUUGUGCGAGAUGUGCGUCAAAAAAAGGGCAAAUAGAAUGGAACAUUGAAGCGUUGUGGAGUCAUCAGGAGUGACGCUGAUGCCGAAGAACGCGCGGACGUCGAUAGCGAUUGCGCGAGUUAGGAUUUUCCCAGUGGAAGACGGCGGUGAGAAGUAACGGGAAUUGCUUGAUGACAUUUUUAACGUUCAUAGCGCUUGACGAGGAACGAAAAAACUCUCUCAGACGAAAGCGUAAAAGUUGCGCCGAGUGUUUUGAUGAACUCUCCCUCGAGAAAUUAUAUAUAGCAACUGUAAAGCGCGAUUUGUGAAAUUGACAUGUGGAUAUAUCAAUGUAAUAUAAAAGUGUAAAUAUAAUUUCUAACCGGUGUUACGAGAUUCGCUCUCUCUGACGUUCUUGUGUGAUCUUUUGCGCCAUCCACGAUGUAACCAUUGAUUACAACCAAAGAAAAUAUUAAUAUCGAUAUACACGU